AUGCCUCUCAUCAACGAUAUUCACGAUUCGCUACCCUAUAUCGACGCGGCGCCCACGGCGACCGCUCACGCGCGAGCCCAGCAGCUCAUCAACGCCGAGCUCCCCAAAGACCAUGCCACCACACUGCACCCCUGGAUCCCAGAAGCCUCACAGCCCCAAUUCUCACCAUUCAUCACACAAGAACUCGAGCGCAAAGCGACAGGCGCCUCUCUCACGGGUAUCGAUCUCUCCCGCUACGAAGCACCAGAGGCGCCGACUAGCGAUGGCGCACCGGAUCUAGAAGAGUGGCGCAAGACGUUGCAGAAAGCGUAUGCGUCUAGCUUGCAUCUGUCGAAACGUCAUGAGAAUCUGGCUUUGUUGGAAGAGCAUGGAAAGAAUGCUUGGUUGAUUGGAAAUUCGCAGCUGGAGGAGAUUCUGGGUGGGCUGGAGAAAGAGCUUGCGGAGACGAAGGAGGCUGCGGCGCAGGUGAACAAGGAGAGGAAAAUUGCUCAGGAGGCUAGUCAGGGUGAAUUGGUUAGUUUGGAAGAGACGUGGAAGAGGGGUGUUGGGGCGAUUCUUGAUGUGGAGGUUGCGUCUGAGGGUUUGCGCUUGCAGAUUCUUGAACACAGGAGACAGAUGGCUCAACAGCAGACGCGCUAG